CCUCCCCUCACACCUCAUGGCUCUCUCUCUCUCUCUCUCUCUCUCUCUGCUGGUAUUUUGCCAUCAUUAAAUUUAAAUGCGAGGAAGCACUAACAUGCAUGAGCCCUUAAGGGUCUGUUUGCCAGCACCACCCCACCCUUCGCUCGUUUCUUCCAUCAGUUCCAUGCACCCCCAUAAUCAUAAUCAUGGACAAAUACUUCCACGUGAUUCUUGUUAUGCCCGAUCAGACAUUUACUUUGCAACCCACUAAUCCCUCUAUUUUUGUUUUUGUUUUUUUAAGGUCCACCACAGAAACAAUGUGUCUUGUGGCCCACACCUAACCCCCACCUUCACUCUCCCACGUCCCCUAUAUAUCUGCACCUUCUGCCCUUAAACCCCCACCACAUCUCUCACUCUCAGUCGCUCUCUCUCUCUCUGAUUUUACAAAGGAAAUUAAUGGAGUUGGAAAUGAUUUCAAAGGAUUCGAGCUGGUGGGUCUUUACCCUCCCGGCCUUCCUUGGAUCAGAAAACCUACUCGACGGCUACGUUUUGCUGUCUCUCUUACUCGCCGCCUUCUCUCUUCCUAUUCUCGCAUGGGCUCUCUCUCCCGGCGGGACUGCCUGGAAAAACGGCAGGAACCGCCGUGGCCCAGUCCCCAUUCCAGGACCUCGAGGUCUCCCCAUCUUCGGGAGCCUCUUCUCCCUGGCUCGAGGCUUGGCUCACCGCAGCCUCGCCGUCACCGCCUCCGCCCUCUCCGCCACCCACCUCAUGGCCUUCAGCCUCGGCUCCACGCCUGUAGUGGUGGCGUCCGACCCCACCACCGCCCAUGAAAUCCUAACCUCCCCCCACUUCGCUGACCGCCCCCUCAAACAAUCCGCAAAGACCCUCAAAUUUGCCCGCGCCAUCGGCUUCGCCCCCAACGGCUCCUACUGGCGCCUCCUCAGACGAAUAGCUUCCUCCCACCUCUUCGCACCCCGGCGCAUUGCAGCUCACGAGGCCGGGCGUCAGCUAGACUGCGCCGCCAUGCUGCACAGCAUAGCAAACGAACAGGCCUCGCUGGGGGUCGUGCACCUGAGGAAGCAUCUCCAAGGCGCCGCCCUGAACAACAUCAUGGGAAGCGUCUUCGGGAAAAGGUACGACGUCGUUUCGAAAGACAGCUGUGGAGAGCUCGAGGAGCUCAGAGAAAUGGUGAAAGAAGGGUUUGAGCUGCUGGGUGCUUUCAACUGGUCCGAUUACAUUCCCUGGCUGAGCAAUUUCUACGACCCUCGUCGCAUUAAUGAACGCUGCAAGGCUCUCGUUCCCCGAGUCACCAAACUCGUCCGAUCCAUCAUCGAAGAACACCGAGUCGCCAGUGAGCUGAAAAAGCUCUCCGACGUUGCCGAUUUCGUGGACGUUUUGCUCUCCCUCGACGGCGAGGAGAAGCUCCAAGAAGACGACAUGGUUGCUGUGCUAUGGGAGAUGAUUUUCCGAGGGACGGACACAACAGCGCUUCUAACCGAGUGGGUGAUGGCGGAAUUGGUAUUACACCCGAGGGUUCAAGAGAAGCUGCGGAACGAAGUUGAUGGGGCGGCGAGGGAAGGCGGUCUGACGGACGCUGUGGUGGCGAGGCUGCCCUACCUGCAGGCGGUGGUGAAGGAGACGCUGAGGGUGCACCCGCCGGGGCCGCUGCUGUCGUGGGCCAGGCUGUCCACGUCGGACGUCAAGCUAAGCAACGGCAUGGUGAUCCCCGCCGGCACGACCGCGAUGGUAAACAUGUGGGCCAUCACGCACGACGAGCGCGUGUGGGAGGACGCGCUGAAGUUCAGGCCGGAGAGGUUCGUGGCGGCGGAGGGCGGCGCCGACGUGGACGUCCGGGGCGGGGAUAUGAGGCUGGCGCCGUUCGGGGCAGGUCGGCGAGUCUGCCCGGGAAAGAACCUGGGGAUGGCGACGGUGAGCCUGUGGGUGGCCAAGCUGGUGCACCAUUGCAAGUGGGUCCAGGAUGAGGCUAACCCGAUUGAUCUCGGGGAGCUCCUGAAGCUGUCAUGCGAAAUGAAAACUCCUCUGUCGGCGGUGGCCGUGCUGAGGAAUUAAAACGGUGCCGUUUUUCUUAGUGUGGGGGGGGGGGGGGGGGUUGUCAUUAGUGCUAGGUAAACUAAGUAUGGUUAAUUAUGGGGGGUGGAUUUGGGUACGUAAGUAUGGUUAUAGUAAACUGUUUUGUGGGGCUUAUGGUGAAUGUUAUGGUUCUUAGUUUUUGUGAAAAUGGAUACGUGGGUUGACCCAUGUAUAUCCUAGUAUUUUGGUUUUGUGUUUGGGGAUGCGUGUGAGUUGAAGCAUUGGGGAUAUAAAAAAAAGUGGGGGUGGAGUGGGAGACGACUUAGGGUGAUCGAUGGAGUCAGGGCUCCAGUUUUGAGAAGGUAUUGUAAGCUUGGACUUCCGGCCGAUCAUUUUGUGUGCGCCUUCAUUAAAAUCAUUAAUGUCUCUUUUCAAUGUCUAA